AUGAAGGCGAUUCCGAACCCUCAGCUAUACUCGAGGAUUGGGAAGGAGGGCAUAGGACAGUCGCAGAACAGAAGAGGAGGCAGUAGUCAAGAAGGAAAGGGUCGCGUUCAGAGGUGGGAUCACUUCCUUCCAGGAUGUCAUAACGCCUUCUCAGUGGCGGUCAUCGACUUCCAAGUAGUUGCUGUGACCUCGGCAACGCCUAGUGUGCCCUACUCCGUGACACCUGCCAAGCAUUUGACUCCUCUGAAUUCGGACAUUCCACCCCCGUCAUGA